AUGAGUAUAGAUAGUGAUUUUCUUCACAACGUCGAAGUCAAAACCGACGAAGUUCACGGAAAUUCGUUGAAUGCAAUUGUGCCGAUUCAGCCAGGAAGACUUAUUGGAGUCAUUGAUAAGGUAGGUGGGAAAUGGGGGAUGCAAGGUGGCUUUUAGAGUGUGUGAGAGACUGAAUUUUAAUUGAGCAUUUUGGGUCAAAUCUUUCUGAAAUUGAAUUAAUCUUGAAUUUGAAUUCUGAUUUUUCCACACCACAGUUCUUAUUUUUCAUUCACAAUAGAAGAUUUCAAACUAUUUUCAAAUAAAAACCUUGAAAUCCUCUGUUCCAAAAUUUUUCCAUCAUCGAAAAUCCCAAACCGCAAUUACAAUACCACCAUGUGUUCGCAGCUUUUUCAAAAUUUCUUGAGAUGUUCUGCGUCUCCUCGAAUCGCAUACUAUUCUUCUCUUUUUUGGGCCUUGAAUUGAACAACAUGAAUUAACAAAUAGAAAUGAACGAACACCUGUUUUCUGCUGGUUAGGUAAGGUAAAGGUACAAAAUUGAUGAUGGAGUACUGUAGUGGGAAGGGAAGGGAAGAGGGAAAAGAGGAUUGGAUAAUUAUAUAGUACUGUUAGGUGGUUGAUUGAAUUAUCUACUGACUUUUGAAUUUUUAAAGAGGAAAAUGAUCUGAGUUAAUUUUACACUAGCCAACUUUAAGCCAUCUCUCGAUUUUCAGUUUAAUUUUUUGUUGAUCUGAAAAUUUUUUUUGAAAAUGAUUUUCUAAAAAUUUGGGUUAUCACGUCUUAUUUUCUACCAUUCUAUUCAUUUUAUUUUCAAAUCUAUUUAAUUUUCCAUUUUUUUUCCGUUCCAAAUCUAUUCUACCGUAUCCCAACUUAUUCCAAUUCCAAUUUUCCUCCAUAUGAUUUGUUUAUCAAUUUUCGAACAAGAUUAACUCUUUCUCCUCUCCUCUCCUAUUCUUCUCGACUACGUUUUCUUCUUCCAUGAUGAUUAUGUGCAGGCUCCAGCUCUAAAUCAAACCACCUGCCUAAUAUUGUGGGAAAAUUGAAUUUCGCGCGGCGAGAGCGAGAGCCGCUUGUUUUCGAUGUUAUUAUUAUUAUUAUUAUUAUAUUCAGAGUUAUGGAAAAGAUUGUGGGGAGAAGAAAAAUGAUAAGAGGGACUGAAAUUGAUUUGUUGAACUUCAUUCAUCAACUUCUUUCAGACAACUUCAAAUGAUCCAAACGCUCUAUUAAUCUUAAAUUUAAUAAAAGAAGCUGAAGAUGGAGAAGAUGCAAAUAUAUGCAUAAGACAACAUGAUUCAAAGGUUCGAGUGAAAAUGAUGACACACUUCUUUUUAUUAUCAUUCAAUUUUCAGACAUUCCUUCAAACUAGUCGACAUAUUAAAGUUGGUGAGAGACUUUUACUUCAAAGAUUAUCCGAAGAAGAGGAAGAGUGUGAUGAAGAAGAAGACGAAAUGAAUCAGGAAAUGAAAUCGAGAAGAAUAAGACAGAGAAGUAUGUCUGGAUCAAGUUGUUCGAUUAAGGAUGAACCUAUUGAAGAGCAGAGGUUAGUGGAUUUUAAUUAUGAAUGGGUCCAAAGCAGAUCCUGAAACCUGAUUUUCGGAAGUCUAUUACAGCUUGAAUUCUGUCUCCCCCACGAUAAAUAAAAACUAUAAAUCUCGAAGUUACACUUUCUCACUUCUCAUUUCCCCCGAUUUUCAACAAAUCUCUUGGAAAAAGUUGAUAAAUUAUAUAAUUUACAACACAAAAACAUACACAAAUAAAUAAAUCCUUUUCACUUUUUGGCGAUGAAAAUCAAAGAUAACCUGAAAAAUCCCGAAAACUAGUUGGUAUUCAACAGCGAAAAAAAAAUAGGAGGAGGAGGAGAAUCUGUGUAGAUGAGGGUCGUUGACAAGAGCAUCCUUCUCAUUUUGCUUCUCACUUUUCCCGGAAAGUUUUCCUCUACUUAUGUAUGUUUUCAAAAUUAUCAAUCUUCCCUUGUACUUUUUAGUCAUGUUUCCAAGAAUUUGCACUUUUAUACUUUAUCACGAGAUUCUAAUUUAAUAUCAUUCCUAUGUUUUUCAGCUCAUCAAAUCAAGACACAAAACCAAUUCGUGAAAUUGGAGAAUUGGCGCCCGGACAAAUUGUGCCAGAAGGUGCUCAAACUCACAAGUGUGGAGUUUGCCCGAAAAGUUUUAGCAGUGCAAGGUGAGUCAAAAGAUGAUUUGUAGAUCAUAGUGACAAAUUUGUUGAAUUGAACUUUGACGAAAAUAGAAUUUGCACUUUUUUGAGCUAGAUUUUCAGCUAGAUGUGUUAUUUUUUUAAGCGUCGCGCGUAGUUCACUUUGCCACGUCAUAGCUCAUGCUCAAGUGAUCAACUAAUCUCAAAAUCUACCAGGAAUUAUAAUUUUCCCAAAAUUGGGUUCCCCUUGAAAUGCUACGUGCAAAAUUAUACAAAAUUUGUAAUUCCAAACAGGACAGAAGAACACUUAUCAAUGUGAAUUUCAAAAAUGUCUGUGUGUGUGUGUGCAUAAUAUUUUCGCUGCUCGUUCGCUAUCAGUAUUUUUUCCUCCCAAAAAUGUCAUCUAUCAUAAUUCUUCCUGUCUUCCGUUCUUCCCCUGUCUGAUAUUGACCAGAAAAAAAAAACAAAUUUUGUGAUGACAAAUUCAUUCCAAAUGAAACGAGAAGUGUACUUGACUUGAAAAUUGGACCUCUUCAUUAUUAUAUUACUCUUUUUUAUAUAAUAAUAAUAACAAUAUUGCCAACAAUACACUAAAAUAUUUCCUACUGUGUUUUUCUUCUCUUCGUGGGCUCUUCUGAGCAUGCGUGAUACUAUGUAAACAAAAAAUAGAUGGAGAAGAAGAAGAAGAUGAUGGAGAAAUUACACCUGUUCGCGCAUCUCAGAAGAGAAAGAGUACUGUAGAUAGAAUAUAGAAUAAGUAGGAGGAGGAUUAGAAGCUUGAAUAAAUAAACAUGCAAAAAGUCGAGUCAAUUAAUGGAACAGCAAAUAAACCAGAAUUAUUGAUUUUUAAAGGGGGAUUUUAACGAGGUAGACAAGAUUCUUCCUAGAUUCUUCCUGGUUUCCUACAUGAAAAAGUAUUCAAAUUUUCGCGCCAAAAUGCAAGCACGCUCCAUUCCAAAUUUUUGCUCAAAAAGUCCGAAUUCAAUUUUUUUUUAAACUUGUAAAUGGGGGAAUCUGAAAAACUGGGAACCUGGCUAGUACUUGAACCUAAGGGUGUAAGGAAUUUGCAGAUUUCAAGGUUCUGAGUGCGCGAAAGGCUGAAAAUUCAUUUUUAAAAUUUUCUGUCAUUUCCUGAACUGAAAUUUUUGUCAAUAAUUUUAAAACAUAGUUUUUUCUAUCUGAAACUUUUCCAACUCAACCCAUUUUUUUCAGCGGUUUGAAACAACACUCGCAUAUUCACUGCUCAUUGAAACCCUUCCGCUGCCACAUUUGCUCCAAAUCCUACACCCAAUUCUCAAAUCUUUGCAGACAUCGAAGAGUUCAUUUGGUUAGUUUUUUCUCUUGUCUUGAAAUCAUUCUCUCUCCCCAAAAAGGUUAUUUUAUCACUCGAGAGUAUUCGCUAAUUGCAUGCGAGUCCUUCAAAAAAAUUUUUCGUCUGUCUCACAAAAUUUUGUGUGAAAACAUGUUAUUGCGUAAGUUAAAUCAAAAGAAGUCGCCGAAAAAAGAGAGAAAAAGAAAGUCACAUGAAAAGAAACGGAAAAACAAUCGUGGCAAAAUGUAUCAAAAGCACAAUGGCCUUACUUUUAAAGAGAUACCUGGCUUUUCUCAUUUUUUUUCGAAACUGGUUUACCUUUUUUGCGGUUUGAGAGGGAGAGAAGAUUUUUUCGAGGAAAGUUGAAAAAAAAAUUGAGAUUGGGAAAAUUAAGAACUGUUGAUCCAAACUUAUAUAUUCCCUGGCUAAUUUUGGAGGAUAUCAAAAUUAGGUCUCGAACACCUGAAAGUUUGGAUAUCCUACAGUAACCCAAAAUUUUUAAAUUCAAGUUUGAAAAUCUGCAAAUUCUACGGUAUUUACGGUAAUCCAAUGAUUUAUAGCGCGAGACAAAACUUCAAAAUUUGACCCCGAAUUUUGAAAACUCAAAAUUCCGCGCUAAAAUUCGUACUUGUCCUUUUAAAAAUUCAUCCAACUUUCCAAAUUCCCAAUUUUUUGCGCGAAAUCAAAUCCGACCAAAAAUGGGCGUGUCCAAUCUUCUUCCUCUUCCCUCCUUCUCAAUCUAAAGUGAUCCCAAAUCCUAUUAUUAAUAUAAAGAAUAACAAUAAAUCUGUUUAUUUACCGUGUGCCACCACCCAAAGCUCCUCCCACUUUUUUCCUUCUCCAGGUGUCAUCAUCUUCAUCAUUUUUGGGAAGGUUGCUCUUUUUUUUUGGAGAAGGAAAGGUCGCAUCCUUAUCUAAUUUUUAGAAUAAAAGAAGCAGCUGAACGGUAGAAUUCUUAUCAUUUUUUGGUUUUAAUUUUGUUCUCGAAGUUUGUUUUUUUCUUUUUUAUUAAUCAUCAAAACUUAGAUUCGAAAUUUCAAAAAAAAAAUUGAGAAACCUGAAGAGGAAGAUAAUCUCGACUAGCUAAUUAUUUGUGGGUGGUCUGAUCAUUAGGCGGCUUUUGCCCUGUCUAAUGAGCAGGUAUUGUGUGUGUUGAAGACAUGUUUUGGUUAUUCAAAAAUUUUAUGAAAAGAGAAGGCUUCACAUCAUUUUGAAUCACUCCCAAUUCCCAUUGCACUUUUCUGAAUUUGCGCAAGCAAAUGUUCUUGUCUCAUUUUUUCUGUUUUUUUUUGUUCCUCAUUAUAAAAUGUCUUUAUUACAGGACGGUUGGCAGUGUUCAAGUUGUCAGCAACAAAUGCCAUCACACGCCGCUCUUAUCAAACAUCGACCAAUUUGCGAAAUGAACACCAUCUACAAGCCGUUCUUCGCUCAACUCACCACCGCUGCUGGAAAUGGCAACACCAAUCCAUUUGGCACGGCAUUCUGGCCACAAUUGAUGCACAUCGCCGCGCAAGUUCCACACUUUCCAUUUGCACUUUUUGCCAAUCAAGAUGCAUUGAAAAUGUUGAAUAAUUCGUGUGGAUCACCGGAUGCAGAAUCAUCGAGGUUCGUUUGUGUUCGAAAAAAAUUAAUUUUCUAAAAAGAACAUCUUUUUUUAUUAAAAAGGCGGAAUAAUUUAUGAUUGUACAAGCUUUUUUUGAAACGUUUUUUGUCGCGUGCCACCCAUUAUGAAAAUGAGACUUUUUUCUAAAAUGAUUCUGAUGUUCAUAAGAGAAAUCAAAAGUUAAGGGAUUUUUUUUCUGAAAAAGUUGUCGUAUUUUUUGAAUAUAUUUUUUUUCAGUGGCCAUGCUAGCGAAUCAUCCCCAAUCGCUACCGCCAACGCAGAAGGCUCCCCUCUCGAUUUAUCGUGCCUUCUGGCUGCUGCUGUCUCCGCUGCACCCAAAGCCCCAUCAACAUCGGAAGUUGAAACAACUUCAAAAUCCGAUGACGCUGAAAGUAUCGGUGAUUCUGGAAACGAUGACGAGGAUGUUGACGAAGAAGAGAAAUCCGAGAAAAAAUCAACACCCCAUUCAAUCAGCUCAAUUCUCGCUCCAACAUCAAACACAUCCUCAUCAAGCGCAGCGAUGACAAAUCCAUUUUUGGCAAUGUUUCAAAGACCAUUCCCAUAUCCAACUUCACUUUUAACAACACCAAAGAUCAACAAUUCAUCAUCGCAUACAACAUCAUCAUCUUCCUCGUCAAAUAAUGGAGGUCUUGUAGCAAAGGACAGAUAUACUUGUAAAUUCUGUCAGAAAGUAUUCCCAAGAUCCGCUAACUUGACACGUCAUUUGAGAACUCAUACUGGAGAACAGCCGUAUAAGUGCCAAUAUUGUGAACGAUCUUUCUCGAUUAGCUCAAAUCUUCAAAGACAUGUUAGAAAUAUUCACAAUAAGGUGAGUAAUCAUAUAGAAUCCACGUGGAAAAAUUUAAAAUCAUAAUUUUAGCCAAACACAACUCUAACUCCACACCGCCGCCAAACCUAUCAACUUCCAACUCAUCAUCAGCUUCAUUUGGCCGGCCUAACUCUCCCAAAACUCUAG